CAGCCAGUCGACCGGACGAACACGAGAGCGCGAGUUUGAAAAUAAAAACUGAAAUUCAAAACCCAGCGAGAAAAACGAUCGCAUAUUGCAGCGACGAGCGUGGGCUGCAAUCGGAAGUGUGUUGGAAAAAUAAAUAUUUAAAAAAUAAACAAAACAAAGCCAGCAGCUUGGAAGCCUCGCUGGAACUAAUUGCCAAUAUAAUGAAGAUUGCCAAAAUUGGCAAGAGCUGAGAAAAAUAAUAAGAUAUUUCGGAAAAAUCUUGUGCGUGUGUACAGAGCCGUGAAAAGCCAACGGCUAAUAAAUUGCAAAUUAAAUCGGGAAAAAUAUUGGAAAGCAUCGGAAGAUCACCAUGAAAUCGUGGCUGCUGGCUGUGGUGGCCCUGGCAGCAGUAGCAGCAGUUGUUUCUGGCAGCCAGACUCCCAGUGCGAAUCAAUACCACAUCCAGACGGACGAGGGACCGGAGCGGUACUUCCGCUUCCAAACGGACAGCGGACAGUUCCGCAAGGAGAAGCGGCUGCAGGAUGGCACCGUCAUAGGUACUGAGGCCUGGAUCGAUGCGGCGGGCUAUCUGAGGCAGAAGGAUUACAUAGCCGACAAGCAGGGAUACAGGAUACUCAAGUCCAAGACCAUCUAUGUGGGUCUGGGAAGAGCCGUUGAGGACGCCAUAAAAUCAACUAAAGCGGCUCCCGCCCAAUCGGGAGUCCUUGUGCAUGGUGGUUCAACCGGAUCCUCGGCCAACAGUCUCGGCAGUUAUCAGCGACCUAACUAUGGCUAUAUAUCCAGCACCACUUCCACCACCACUGCGGCACCACCUCCGCUACCACCUGUUCUCCUGGACAUUGAGGAUUCCGGCGUGGGCAAGUUGAACUACCUGCCCCCCGAAGAGGCAGCCAAGAUUGAGCCACAAUCGCAGCUGGGCUUUGAUCACUACCCAGAUGAGUUGCCCCGGGCGAGGGAUCAGCUACUGUCGCCCCUCCCGGCCACGCCCCUAAGCCCACUGGUGGACAUCCACCCGAAUGCAGAGCCUGUCCAGGAUUUCGAACUGAAUGCGAUUAAUGUGUACGAUGCCGAGGCGGAUCGGGCAUUUGGCCAUGGUCGCUUUGGUUCGGUCAUCAGUUCGACUACGGUCAGACCACCCCCUUCGCUGGACAUGCUGCCCCCCCUGAGUGCCCAUAGGCGGCGACUGCGUCCACGGCCCACGCCUGCACCCAUUGCUAUUGUGUCCAGUACACCAGCGCCCAUUUCUGGCGGGGAUUUGUAUGGCUACUCCACGCCACAGCCCUUUGCGGCGCCUGCCUAUCAGUUUGCCCCGCCUGCCACAUCCUCCUCCUCCUCCUCCGCCAUCACGGGAUAUGGUUACUAUCCACCGCCGCCGCAGUCACCACUGGAGGUCAACUCUUUGGAGGCGGCUCUGCUGCCGCCCCUGCCUUCCAGCGGCUAUCGAAGACGCCUGCGUCCAAGGCGACCAAUUCAGAGUAAUCAUUUGGAGGGUCUGGCGGCCUCCGAGUAUGAUGGAGUGGGCACAACCCGCAAUGGAUUCCGCUAUGUGCUGCCCAAGCAGUAUCACGAGGAGGAAACGAAUCCGGCGGAUGGCAAGCGAGCGGGCAGCUUUGGCUACGUGGAUCCCUUCGGCAUCCGGCGGGUGGUCUACUACAAUGCUGCUCCCGGCAGGGGAUUCGUCCAUCGGAAUAACAACCAGUAUGUGGGCGCCAAUGGAGCGCCCUACGAUGCUCCGGGUCCGGCGCAGCUGGUCAAUGAAUAGGUUGAAUGGGGAUUUAGGAUCAUUGAUGGAAAUUAGGGUGGGUCGAUUUAUUAUGUGAAAGAAUUUUUGGGGAUGAGAAAUCUAAGAAAUUUCAAAUCCAGAAUUUAGUUGCGG